CCUCCCACCAACCCAGCCUUUCAGUGCAGACUCCAGCCCUCCACCCCCACCCAAGAGUUGCAGGAUGGCGAUGACGGACUUGCUCAGCGCUGAGGACAUCAAGAAGGCCGUGGGAGCCUUUAGCGCUGCCGACUCCUUCGACCACAAAAAGUUCUUCCAAAUGGUUGGCCUGAAGAAGAAGAAUUCAGAUGACGUGAAAAAGGUGUUCCACAUCCUGGAUAAAGACAAGAGUGGCUUCAUCGAGGAGGAUGAGCUGGGGGCCAUUCUAAAGGGCUUCUCCCCAGAUGCCAGAGACCUGUCUGCUAAGGAAACCAAGAUGCUGCUGGCAGCUGGAGACAAGGAUGGGGACGGCAAAAUUGGAGUCGACGAAUUCUCCAUUCUGGUGGCUGAAAGCUAAGAGGCACUGACUGCCCUGUCUUCCACCUCUCUGCCCUGAACACCCAAUCUUAGCCCCUCUUGCCACCCUCCUGAGUUUCUGUUCAGUUUGUUUAUGUUAUUUUUUACUCCCCCCUGUCCCCUGAGGCCCUCAAAUGACACCAUUCUUCUGGAAAAUA